AUGUCCUGUGAUCUAUUGAACAAAUUUGAAGCUUUAUCAAUUUCUGCGCCAUCGUUGACCCAAGAGCAAAAAGCUCUUGAGGCUCAAUGGGAUUCCGUUGCCAAGUCUGGGAACAUUCAGGGUAGUUUUGAGGAAUUGAAUCUACAUUUGAGGGAUCACACUUUCGUUUUGGGUACUGCUCAACCAACCGUCUCCGAUGUUACAUUGUUCGAACAUGUUUUACCAGUUGCCAAGGAGUUGAUCAACUCUUCUAAAGAUGUCAAGGGUAACUAUGCUAAGUACAGACAUAUUCUUAGAUGGUCACAAUACUUGAACGAUUUAUUACAAUUGAACGACUUGACUUUGAACAUUGAUUUGGAUCUUCCACGUGAAGUCAUCGAAAAGAAGAAGAAGGAAGAUAAGAAGGACGAGGCUGAAGCUUCCAAGAAGGGCGGUGAAGCAGCAGCAAAGAAGGAUGGUAAGGCCGAUAAACAACCAAGAGGUAAGCCAGAUGAAGAAACUUUAAAGAAAUUGAGAGAAGAAGCUAAGGCAAAGAAGGCUGCCAAGAAGGCCGCCAAUGCCCAACAAGCCCAAGCACCAGCCCAAGAGUCUGCCAAACCAUCUCCAGGUGUAAUUGAUUUCCGUGUUGGUUUCAUUCAAAAGGCUAUCAAGCAUCCAGAUGCUGACUCUCUAUAUGUUUCUACCAUCGAUGUUGGUGAUGAAGAGGGUCCAAGAACCGUUUGUUCUGGUCUAGUGAAAUACUUCCCAUUGGAAGCUAUGCAAGAACGUUAUGUCGUUGUUGUUUGCAACUUAAAGCCAGUUAAUAUGAGGGGUAUCAAAUCCACUGCUAUGGUUCUUUGUGGUUCUGAUGAAAACAACGUCGAAUUUGUUGAACCCCCAGCUGGAUCCAAGGCUGGUGACAAGGUGUUCUUUGAAGGUUUCGGCGAUGAAGAACCUAUAAAACAAUUGAAUCCAAAGAAGAAGAUUUGGGAACAAUUGCAACCACAUUUCAGUACUAAUGAACAACUUGAGGUUAUUUUCAAGGAUGAAGAUGACAAGGCUCAACAAAUUAGAAAGCUAACUAACAAAAACGGAGAUGCCUUCAAAGUUGCUUCCAUUGCUAACGCUUGUGUUCGUUAG